AUGACGUCCCCCUUCCCUGGAACUACAUGCCCCCCUCUGGGGCUGCUUCCAAAAUCCUACCCAAACACAUCGUACGUAGUGACAAUCUUAUUUCUUCUGCCCGCGCAAAAGAGCAAAGUGUCCGCUUCCAGGACUUUGAUCCCCGGACUUUACGUCAUUCAUACUGAUUUCCCUCAUGCGGAGGAUGGAGAAGAGCCAGCGAUGAUUCAACCCGAGGACGCGGAGUCAAGGAAAGAAAUCCAAUCGGAUAACUCAAUAUCUGCCACUGCCACCGUUUCGUCAAACCUUAUGACAAAGGCGUCUGCGGCAUCCACCUCAAUGCCAGAGUUGUCGACGGCAUCUACGUGGCUGCUGCAGUCUUCAACCACAUUCGCAUUGGAACCGGACAGUUCACCAAUAUCUACUUUUGUGCAAGAGUCUUCAGAGGCAUCCAACUCUAUACUACAAUUUUCAACAAUAUCCUCCUUUACACUGGAGUCAUUUAACCCACCCAACCCAGCGUCCAAAUCAUCCCUUACAACUACUCAAACCUCAAACCCAUCAAUAUCUUCACAGCACAGCUGGGGAAUAUGCCACGGUGAUCUCUCCAAUGCCGUCAUCAUAGUAGGACUCCACACCUCAUUCAACAACGGUAUCGAGGUCGUUUUGCCGAUUACAUACAGCAUAGCGAAAAAGAACUGCAUAUGUCUCGAAAGCCAGAAAGCACACCAAAACCAGGGGUUUAUGUUGAAGAGCGCACGUAGUGGUAACACUGGCCAAAUCUUCGUUAAACUCGGCGGCUUGGUUAAUGGUUCUCAACUCGCACUGUCGCUGGCGUUUGAUGUCGCGAGGGCGCAUUGCGAUACUUUUAUCUUUGUGGAUGUGGAUGUGGGUGAGGAAUUUGGUGUUACUACUACUGUUCCAGCUACGAGAUCGUGGACAGGUUUGACGACGCCGCCUUCGUUUGUGCUGGAUACUGAGGGGAUUACGGGUGACUCUAUGACUGGGGAGAAGGAUAUGAUGAUGACGUCUGGAACGGAAUCUGCAGUUUCGGUGGUUACAAUAACCAUGUCAACGCCACUUGAGCCUUCAAGUACAUCACUUCUAAGUGGCAACACCAGCACAAUGGCCAGUAGUAGAAGAAGGACUUUAAGUACAUCUCCAAGUACGCCACCUCUAAGCGACAUCACAUAUACCAACGCCAGGCCUAGCCGCAGCACUAGUUCGAACAACUCUUCUAAGACACUUACACUGAAACAUAAGACCACAACGACAUCCUCUUCACCUCCACCAUCAACCCCUCCAUCCUCUGACGCUUCACCCGAUCCUGCUAUACUUGCACCUACACCCAGUAUCACAAUUCUGGCCACUUUUUCACAGAGAAAGCAUCUCAGCGCCCUUCAUCAGACAAGCUUGAACUCCCUCGAGCCCGUGCGCUCGUGUCUCUCACGCUUGGGUGUUGAUGUCGAAUGUGCCACCAUCCCCGACCUACAGAUCAGAGCAGUGUCUACAUUGAUUGUAAAGCCAGAGGGGGGGAGGGAGAAGGAUAAAGUGGCGCGGUGGAGUAAAGGGUUCCGAGAGGUGGGAAUGGUAGUAUCAACUAAGAAGGGUAAGGAGGCGGCGAUUGCCAGAAAAGAACAAGAGCGUCGAGAUAAUCCCGAAGUAUCUCUCGACCUCAUAGACUUCACUAUGGAGUCGACAGAAUCUCCCAUCGACUCCGCUACAAUCGUGACCUCAGUUCGGGUCCAGCGACCGAUUUCAACUCCCACGCACCUAAUACAAACCGCACUGGGCCCCACUUCCCACCUCUUCACACUCAUACCACCAACCCCCAACCUCAAUUCCAUACUGCUAAACCCUUCAUUCACACUCUCCUCUGCCCUUCCCCUAGCUACAUAUGCCUCCCUCCCCAAACUCACAGACCUAGACCACCCACCCCCACCACCAACAAACAUCCUCACAGCCACACGAUACACUACCUCCCUCCGAAUCUGGGAUCCACACUGCACGCCGAAACUCUACCCUCUCCAACGAACCUUGGACCACGACACUUGGCCCGGGUUGUUAGCGAACUGUAACUCCCACCGGUACCGCCGCGGCGGAUAUUGGCGGGAGCACGAGUGGUUGGGGGCUUGUGGGGCUGAUGGGGGUGGUUGGGAUGUGGGAGUUUUGGAGGAUGGUGAGGGCGCCUUGGGUGUUGUGGGGAGGGAGAUUGAGGCCAAGGGCCAGAGAGAGGAUGAGGACGGAAUUUUCUUGGGCUUGAUAUUUGAGAAAGGGGAGGAGGGAAGGGAGUGGUGGUUACUUGGAUGGCUAUGUAUAGACGUGUUGGGUUUCCUUGAGAGGUGGAUGAGAGAUGAUGUACUGCAUCUUCCUACGUCAUGUAGGCCAUGA